ACAAAAGGCAAUUCACCGACUAUUGAAUUCCACGGUCCCAUUGAAAUGCUGAUUCUGAUUCCUUCAACCUCUUUAUAAUCACAUUCAAAUGUCUGUCUAUCGGUAGAGAUCUAUAAAAACUAGAAAGAGAUGACAAAAAUCGGCAUUGUAAUUUUAGGGUUUUGCUCAUUGGCCAUUUUCUUGCCAUGGGUCUGUUCAGGUCUGACGAAAGAAGAAAUUUGGUCAGAAACCUACUGCCAAGGAAAGGAAAAGGUUACUAAGCUUCACUUCUACCUCCAAGAUUUAAUAAGAGGGCCUAAUAAAACAGUGUACACAGUAGCAAAAUCCGAGUUAACAGAUUCUCUUCCCUCGCAGUUUGGCAGGCUCUUGGUUUUAGAUAACCUAAUAACCGCAGGGCCUGAACCAGAUUCGAAGAAAGUGGGUCGGAUGCAGGGAAUUGUUGGGCUAUCUAACUUGCAUGAAUUGUCCUUGGCUAUGCUUCUUAACGUGGUUUUCACAGAAGGUAAGUAUGAUGGAAGUACACUAAGUAUUUUGGGAAGGAACCCAUUGACUGAAAAAGUUAGGGAGGUUUCGAUUGUUGGUGGCACCGGUGUUUUCCGAAUGGCACGAGGAUAUGUUAUUACGAGCACGCACUCCUUUGAUGGUUCACUUGGUGUAUAUGAAUAUACAGUUUUCGUUUCUCAUUUGGAAGACGGAGCAUCGUAGCUUUCCUGUAUGUGAUUAACUCUACGUACCCAGUUGAGCAUCACUUUGUUUAAAAGUUUGGAUGUAUGAUUGGACAGUCGAUCUUGUCUAAAAGUUUGAAUUGUUUAAGAAUAAUUGAAUUUACUUAAAAAGUAAAUUAUGUUUUCAACUUAGCGUUAUGUUUGAAGAAGUCAUGUAGACUUGCAUUAAUAAAUUUCGUUGAGAGACUAUUGAUUCAUUUAAUUUGUCCUCUUGACAUGAAUGUGCAUGUAUUCGAACAAAAAUUUCAAAGUGACUUCAAUUAUUUUUCUGCA